AUGACGGCGCGCGGGACCCCGAGCCGCUUCCUGACCAGCGUGCUGCACAACGGGCUGGGCCGCUACGUGCAGCAGCUGCAGCGCCUGAGCUUCAGCCUCAGCCGCGACGCGCCGUCGUCCCGCGGCGCCCGGGAGUUCGUAGAACAGGAGGUGGCCGACUUCGCCCGACAGAACCCGGGGGUCGUCAUCUACGUGAACGCGCGGCCGUGUCAUGUGCCCAGAGUCGUGGCCGAAUACCUGAACGGGGCCGUGCGCGAGGAGAGCCUCAACGCCAAGUCGGUGGAGGAGAUCACGGCGCUGGUGAGGAAGCUAGCGAGCCAGUCGGGCUUGGACAUAAUCCGCAUCCGCAAGCCCUUCCACACGGACAACCCCAGCAUCCAGGGCCAGUGGCACCCCUUCACCAACAAGCCCACGACGCAGGGCGGGCUGCGCCCCCGAGAGGCCCAGGAUCCUGCCCCGGCCCAGGUGCAAGCGCAGUGA